AUGACUUCCAUAAAACCAUUCCAAAUUGAUGAUUUAUUUGCUAUAGAUCCAGUUAAUUUAGAUCCAUUAACUGAAAAUUUUAAUAUUUCAUUUUAUACUUCAUAUUUAAUUGAUCAUCCAAAUUUAUUUUAUAAAUCAAUAGAACCAAAUAAUGAAAUAAGUGGUUAUAUGAUGGGUAAAAUAGAAGGUCAAUUAAGUAAAAAAGAAUUACAUUGUCAUAUUACUGCAGUUACUAUAAAUCAAGAAUAUAGAAGAAUAGGUUUAGCUUCAAAAUUAUGUUUACUAUUAGAAACUAUAAAAGAAGUUCAAAAUACAUUAUUCAUAGAUUUAUUUGUUAAAGUUACAAAUACAUUGGGUAAAAUAUUAUAUGAAAAAUUAGGAUAUGGUGUUUAUCGAAGAGUUAUAGGAUAUUAUGGUAAAGAAUAUCCAACUGAAAAAAUACCUAAUGAUGAAAUAGAUGCAUUUGAUAUGAGAAAAGCAUUACCAAUGGAUAAAGAUAAAGAAACAGUACGAGAUAAUGGUGAAUUAUUCAAUGUAUUUCCAAAUGAAGUUGUAUUUUAA